AUGGCGCGCGGAUUGCGAUCGAAACCCUCGCAUCAGGCGGAAGAUGCGCCCUCCGAGAAAGUGUACGACGUACCCGGCCUCGAUUACAGCCAGAGCUUGACCUGGCGGCCAGGCAAAGCUAUCGCAGUAGGCGAUCUCCUCGGUCGUUUGCAAGCUCUACGCGCCCAGCUGUCCAACUUCGAGGACGAACAGGUCGACUCUCGUCUCUGGACAGGCCUGGCUGGUGAUCUUGCGCAUGCGAAUUUACUUGGCCACAAAGACAAGGGUGUCCGAGCCUGGACUAUAUCGUGCAUCAUUGAUGUGCUCAAGAUAUGUGCACCUGAUGCACCGUUCCAAGCCAAUGCACUCAAGGAUAUCUUCACUGUCAUCAUCAAUACCAUCAUUCCAGCGCUGUCCGACCCUACCAAUGCCUACAACGCGCAACAUGUCUACAUCCUACAUUCUUUAUCCGAGUCGCAGAGUAUCCUUCUCCUGGCCGAUGUUGAUAGCCCCGAUGCCCUCAUUACCUCGCUCUUUGCAAAUGCCUUUGACAUUUUUACCGAGAAGGCGAGUAGCGUCUCGGAAGUCGAAAUCUCGAAAAGUGUCGAGUACCACCUGAAGAACCUUCUGAGUCUAGUCGUUGACGAAGUUGACCUCCCGCAAGAUGUAACAGAUAUCAUUAUUUCUCAGUUCCUGCGCGUCGAGUCCCGAAAGCCUCGCGAGCAGACCAUCAAAGGUAGGAAAAGUGAGCCGCAAGACAAGACUCAGAGCACCCUUCUGUUGAAGGACUAUCCGCCAGCAUACAAUAUCGCCAAGGCUAUCUGCACGACGUGCCAGGAAAAGAUGACUUCUCAAAUCACCUACUACUUCAACGCUGUGAUUGUGGACGCUGGUUCAGCCGCGCAGCCCAACAAUAUCUCUGUCAACCGGAGAGCCUCAGGCCAUGCAGACGAGGAGGAAGAGGGCUUGAGUGAUCUGCGAAAAGCUCACAGACUUCUGCGCGAGUUAUGGCGGGCUUGUCCCGAUGUCUUGCUCAACGUCAUACCUCAAAUCGAAGCCGAGUUGCAAGCUGACUCUAUCGAGAUAAGAAAGCUGGCCACGGAAACCUUUGGAGAUCUAACUGCUGGCAUCGGAAUCGCCGGCAUCGGUCAAUCUACCGCACUCGAUCCAGCAGCCUAUCCGCUACCAUCAAUCGACAAUGCGGAGCCUUUUGACGAGCAGCAAAAUCCAUUGUUAAUGCCUGCCUCACCGAAACCUUUCGCAGCUGUCCACCGGACACCGUACCAGAACUUCUUAGGGCGCCGCAACGAUCGGUCAUCUCAGGUGCGAGAAGCCUGGGCGGAAGCCGCGUCCCGGAUCCUUUACACACGGGCUGGCGGGAUCGGAAUGAGCCAGGAGGAGCAGACGGAGCUACUUGCAGGUCUUGCUCAAUCACUACGAGACCAAGACGAGCAUGUGCGCGCGACAGCGGUUCGAGCUCUUGAACACUUCACCUAUCACGGAGCCGUCAACUUGCUGGGAGCUGAUGGUGGUCUGGCAAAGCCAGAAUCUGUGUUCUCAGCUCUCGCCGAGCGCUUCACUGAUCGGAAGCUUGCGGUUCGGGAAGAGGCUAUCUCGUUCGCCGCACGCCUGUGGGGCACUGCCUCUAGAGACAUUGAGAACGGCAACGAUGCUGUGGUCUCUGUUUUGGGCGAUCUAGCAUGCCGGCUGUUUGGGUCUUAUUACACUAAUGACCGGCAGGUUCAUGCGAUGUUGGACAAGGUCCUGUAUGAAUUUCUGCUGCCCCUCUCCUAUCCGCCAAUCAAACCAAGUCCUUCCGGCAGGCGCAAGACGAAAGAUGUCGAUGGCGGCUCGCACGAUGCUACCAGUGGCGACCCUGAUGCUAUUCGUGCCCGACGAAUCCUGACGUUGGUCAGAAGUCUCGAUGAUCGUGCGAGAAAAGUCUUCAUUGGCAUGCAAGGGAGGCAAACGCAGAUGAAGAGAGGCGUUGAUGUCUAUCUCAAGGCCUGUGUAAGCUAUAACGGCGGUGUCAUCGACCAGAAACAAGAGGAAACUCGCAUCAAAGCGCAGUUGACAUCAUAUAUUGACAAUCUGGCCAAAGCUUUCCCCGAGCCAUCUAAGAUGUCCGCAGACCUGUGGAAGAUUGCCACUCAACACGACAGACGCAAUUACCAGUUGAUACGAUUUGCCAUGGGCGCUGAGUAUGAUUACAAAACCAUGUCAAAGGCUGUGAAGGAGUUGAAUAAACGAAUUCGCGAAGGUCAAACACCAGGCAUUAUCGACUCCAUCAUGGCUCUUCUCUACAGAGUGGCCUUGAUCGCAUACAACCGCAGCCACGUACCGACGAUCAUGGACGUCGCACGGAGUGAUGACCAUGGUCUUGGCCAGGUCGCGCAUGUUAUCCUCCGUGAAAUCUCCUCCAAAGCUCCCGAAGUCUUGAAGUCACACAUCCGGGCUCUUUGUUCGGAGCUGGAGGAGAGUGCCCCAUCAGCUACUACAUUCGAGGAGUCUGGUGCCGCUGAUACGUUGAAAGCUUGUGCUCAAUACGCCCGCCGAUACCCCGAAGAAAUGUCCAAAGAGCGAAAGUUUUUGAAUGCUCUCUCAAAUUUCGCGUUGUUCUCACAAUCACCACGAGCGGCGAAACACGCCGUCUCCAUACUGCUCACAGUUGCUGAUCGGAAGGAAAUGUACGCCAAGGACAUCUUGUCCAAGUCUUUGAAAGACUGUCGACCUGGCUCGCCCAACUUCCUUUCACGUCUUGGAACGAUUUCCCAGGUCUGCAAGCUGGCUCCAGUGUCAGCGAAUGUAGAGGGUGAUGCUAUUUUCAAGCUGACGGUAGGCGAGAUCCUUGGCAAGAAUCGGUCGCCUCCGAACAACUCGGAUGAGAAUGCUUGGGACAGCGCGGCAGACGAGGAAACCCAGGCUAAGGAGCUGGCGCUCCGGGUAUUGGUCAACCGCUGUCGAGCACUCGAUGACAAGACGAACCCAGACGAAUUUGAGGCACAGUCAAAGCCAGUAUUUGCAUUGCUCAUGACCCUAGUGACGCAGAAAGGCGAGGCGUCGUCCGGAAAGAAUACUCCACCCGCGCAGCGCAACCGCCUACGACUCGCUGCUGCGAAGCUAAUACUCAAGCUCUGCAGCAAGAAGACAAAAUUCGAGCAGAUGAUCACACCGUCUCGCUUCAAUGACCUAGCCUUGAUCAUCAUCAACCCUCCCUUUGAAGUUCGCAACGGCUUUGUCAACCAGAUCAAGAAAUAUCUAGGUGCGGACAAGCUGAAUCACCGCUGGUUUGCCAUACUGUUCCUGCUUGCCUUUGAGCCAGACGACGAGCUGCGGAACACAACUGUCACAUGGCUGAGGUCUCGAGGUCAGAAUUUCGUGCGACAGCAAUCAGAGGCUAGACUUGGCGACAAGAGACUGCAUCAGAACGUUAUGGAACAUGUCUUCGGUCGUCUCGUCAGCCUCAUGGCACAUCAUCCUGACUAUCCCCCGCCAGGCGAUGGCUUUGACGAGGAAUUACUCGAUUUCUCGCGCUACAUUGUGUUCUAUAUGGUGGCUGUUGCUACCGAAGAGAACCUCUCCCUCGUAUUUCACAUCGCUCAGCGUGUUAAGCAGAUGCGCGACAACGUGUCUGGUGAUGAUGCCCACAGCGAGCGUCUUUGGGUGCUCAGUGACCUGGCGCAAGCUGUGAUCCGCAACUACGCGGACAUGAUGCCCGGCCACAACAAAGGUGCCAACCUGCUGCAGACGUGGCCUGGGAACGCGACCAUGCCCCGAAGCCUUUUCAAGUCCAUGUCCAGCCAUGAGCAAGCACAGCAAGUCGCCGAAAAGAACUACCUCCCCGAGGAGACUGCUCUCGCUCUCGAAAAGCGAAUCAAAGACGUGGUUAAGGAGCUCAAAGGCACAAAGCCCUCACGAAAGGCCGCGCUCUCAAAUGUGAAAAAGCGAAAGGGCGAUUCGGCAGAAUCAGACGAUGACCAGCCCAAGAAAAAGAAUAAGAGCAGUCUCCCCAUUCGCAAAACCCCAAAAGUGAAGGCGGAAAAGAAGCGAAAGUCGAGCCCGACCUUGAAAGACGAGCAGCAGCCCUCAAGAAAGAGCACGCGUGUGUCGAAUGCUGUCAGCUAUGCGGAGGAUGAUAGCGAUGAUGAUGAUGAAGUGAUGGCCGACGUCGACUCCACUACUACCGCAAGACGGCCGACACGGAUACGCGAGCCGAGUCCUGCUGAGGAGAUCGAGAUUGAUGAUACCGAGAAUCAGGACCCUAAUGCGGACGAAGAGCUCGGCAGUGGUGUGCAUGUGAACGGAGACGGGGACGAUACAGGUGGACAUGAAGAAGCUGAGGUCGACGAGGCAGAGGAGCGAGAACCGACCCCGUCGCCGAGCCCACUGAAAGAGCGUGAAAAUACCCCUGGCUUGCCAUCCCCGGAAAAGAAAAAAGGUAAGGCCCAAGCUGCUGCAAAGUCCAAGGCGAAGGCGAGCUCGGCAAAGUCAACGCCUGCUACGAGCCGGCAGAAGUCUACCGAUGUGGCUUCGGGGAAGAAAGGGACGGUAACACCUACGACGGCAGCACCCAGCACUAGGAGUACGAGGUCGACGCGUCAAAGCAGGGGAUGA